UUUUAGAGUGCCUCAAAUGCAAUUGUGCAUCAAAAAAGUGAACAAUUGGAAAUCGGGCAAAUGUCGUGAGUGAAUUCCGCACACAAAAACAUCCGGGGGAGAGAAAAACGGAGCGGCCCGCGCGUGACGGUUUGGCAUUCAUAGAUAUUUAAAUGCAAGUGGGUGGGCCUUCGCGCAGACCGAGCUCUCUGACAGACCUGCGCUUAUAUCCGCGGAGGAAUAUUGUUUAACUCCGGAUCUAACAGCGCAGAUACGCCCGCGUUGAACGCGUAAGCGACCGCCGCCGUUCGACGCAAGACGCUCGGACUCGCCUGGUAUUUUGUGCUCCGUUAUUGAGGGUGUUUUUGCAUUGGCACCGCCCUUCCUGACGGGGUGGGUCCGUGCGUCAGAGCUGCGCCACAGUCUGCGGCCGCUGGAGAAAAUAGGCCGUCCUUCUGCUGGGCUGCUGCCUGCCUUCUGCCUGCCUGCCUGCCUUUUUUCUCUUAAACAACUCCUCUCCAGGUUUCAUUAAUGCGGAAUGAGUGAUCAAAAGAUGGAAGCCAUGGCCACAGAUGGGGGGAAAGCCGGCGGAGGUGAAGGUGGUACGAAAGGGAAAAGUUCUGGAUCGCAGGAUGCACAGCCGUCUCCUCUCGCAUUGCUGGCGGCGACGUGCAGUAAAAUAGGCGGUGUUGGCGGCGAGGGUCAGACGGCCACGCAACAGCAGAUUAUAAUCGACCCCAACCAGGGUCUGUUUCAGCUCCAGAACCCAACGCAGCAGCUCGAGCUGGUUCCCGCGCAGCUGACGGGAAACGGCUGGCAGAUCAUAGCCACUUCCCCUGCCGCUGCAACCAAGGACAGCGUUCAGCAGAACGAGAGCGCGGCGAGGCGAAAGGUCAAGGCGGCGGGUUCGAAUAACGCACCUGGCUCACAGCAGCAGCAGCAGUUUCAAAUCAUCCAGGUCCAGAAUCUGCCGAACUCGUCGGGCGGGAUUCAGUAUCAAGUCAUCCCGCACCUUCAGACCGCCGACGGACAGCAGAUCCAAAUUAGCCCUAGUAACCCCACGGCCUUAAGCGUCCAGCCCGAACAGAUCCAGCUCAUUCCCGCCGGAAACAACCAAGCCAUUCUGGCCACGCCCCAAAGGGCGGGAUCAACCGGCUUCGUCACGCAAAACCAGACGAUUCCGUUUCAAAUCAGGCCAUCGUUUCCUUUGCAGCUGCAAACUAUUCAAGGUACGCAAGCGCCUAUGAUGACGACGCUACCCAUUAACCUUGGCGGCAUGACUUUGGCAUUGCCGGUUAUCAAUAACGUUGCAGCGGCAACAGGGGGCGGAGCUUCAAUUCAAAUCGUCCAAUCAGGCGAUGGAAGCAUUUCAAAUGGAAACCAAGUGAGCACAACGGAAUCCACGUGCGCGACGGCCAGCGACGCGGUAGCAGAUGCUACGACGUUAUCUACCGGAGCUGAAAGCCAGAAAGACAGUCAAGCGGGCGAGUCGGACGCCCAGAAUCUCGCCCAAUCCAACGGCCUCCAAUCUGCAUCCGAGCAGUCCGGCCAAAUCCAGCAGUUCCAAAUCGUAGGGCAUCCGGUUCUCCAGCAGAUCCAGAUCCAGUCGCCCCAACAGCAAGUAGUCCAGGGCUCCAUACAGACUUUGCAACCGGUGCAGCAGAACCUCCAGCUGCAGGCCUUCCAGAACCCCACACAGGUUCUGAUCCGGACGCCCACGCUCACCCCGUCGGGUCAGAUCAGCUGGCAGAUGGUGCAGGUGCAGAACGCCGGCCUGCCACAGCAGCUGACGCUUGCGCCCGUGGCGUCCAGCUCGAGCGGGGGGACGUUCACGCAGAUCGCCCCGCUGACCCUCGGUGGGUCGCCCAUCACGCUCAGUGCCGCCCAGCUGCCCUCUGGGACUGGGGUGCAGACGGUGAACAUCGCGGGGCUGGGGGCGGCUGGAGUGCAGGUGCAAGGCGUUCCGCUCACCAUCACCGGCAUUCAAGGUCAGCAGCAGGGUCAAGAGGGGGUCAAAGUUCAGUCCGCCCCGGUGACGGUGACCGUUGGCAACAUCAGCAGCACGAGUCCAGAGCAGAUGGGGCAGGUCCAGAGCCCAUCGGAGCAGGAGGGUCAGCCCGGCAAGAGGCUGCGCAGAGUGGCCUGCUCCUGCCCCAACUGCAGGGACGGAGAGGGGAGGUACGUCAGCCAGGAAUAAAGGAGUGUAAUGCCAGUGUUCAAGUUAGGAACUGAAAGAGAUUAAACCAGGGGAUUAAAAGACUUGUUCAUGCUGUUUUUUAGCAGUAUGGAAGCUUGUUUUCGC